CUCCCCCAACGGGCAUAUAGCGCUGUCUUUGCCGGAGCCAAGUUAUUAAAAAGAGUACAUAGAACAUCUUUUGUUGCAGUCAAGUUCAGACGAACAUACGACGGACACAUCAAAACAACGACACACUACUGUCACAACUAAAGAUGUAUUCCAUUUUUUAUUUGGUAGUAGCCACGUUAUGCCUCUCCGCUAUUUCACAUGCCAGACAACAACAACAUGAUAUUGCUUACUACAUUCAUCCAUGCGAGAAAAAUAGUCCAAAUGUUAACGAAUGUUUGACAUAUGCUGCAAACCAUUUGGCAAUGAAUUUCAGAAAAGGCAUUCCUGAGUUGGGCAUUGAAAACGUCGAGCCAAUUGUAAUCGAUGAAAUUAAUUUGGCGCUAGGAACAGGCCCAGACGGAUACCGAGCAACGUUCAAAGACAUCCAAGCGUACGGUGUGAGCAACUUGACAGUUAAUCAAGUCAGGUCAGACCUCAACUCAUUGCAGUUUCAACUUACAUUUUCGAUCCCAAAAAUAUCAGCUACCGCUCACUAUAGAAGUUCAGGAGUUUUAAUUAUGGUCCAAGCUACCGGUGGUGGUGAAUAUUGGGGCGAAUACGAGGGUGUCAAAGCAAAAGUAUACAUCAGAGCUAGUGAAAUAGAACGCGAUGAACAAAGAUUUUUACAAUUAGAAGACUUAAAAAUGGACUUUAGCGUUAAAGACAUUCAAAUGGGAAUAACUAACGUUCACAAUGGAAACGCCGUUUUAGAAGCCGCGUUGAACUUAUUCAUAAACUCCAACUCGCAAGAAUUAUUGAAAGAAAUGAAACCACAUAUCAAAAAAAAGCUCAUGACAAACAUGAAGUCGUUCCUUGACAACUUGUUUAGCAAAGUACCAUAUGACAGUUGGAUCAUUGAAUAAACCAUUUGAUUAGACUUUACUGUUUAGCAUCUGACUGAAAUGUGACAUCGUGAAUGCGUGUGUUAGAAACAUAACUAAUUAUAUCUUAUGAAUUUGCUUCAGACCAAGAGAAACACAUAUAAACUACAAGUGCAAUUUUUUUUGUUUCUUUUUUUUAUAUAUAUUUAUUUAUAAAAUAUCAACGAGCAAAAUGAAAAUAGAGAAAAAACAUAUUUAUUUUCAAUAAAAAAAAUGUUUGAACUGAACUUUAAAUAUUUAUAAUAAUAUACUUUUUUACUCUUUUUGACAAAUGUACAAAAAGUUUUGAUAAAUUAUUUAUAAUAAAUCUUGUGUAUUUAUUAACAA